AUGACGGUACCUUGUCAGGUUUCGCUAAAGUGUUCGCGGACGGGACAACCAUCCGAAACUGAAGCUACGGCAGAAGAAACAGAGUCGAUAUCCACUACCACUUCUGCUCUCGAAACGGCAGCAACGACUGAAGAAUCUGUCUCCAAAACUGAGGAAGAGGUUGGCUUCCAGGCUGCAGCCGGAACAUCUUCUUAUGCAGCAGAGUUUGGAAGACAGAUAUACGAUGCUCUUCUUUCAAAUCCAAGGUUUACUGAAAGUUUUACGGGAGAAAUCACACUGCUGCGAAUAAGGCCGUUCUUCACAGUUCUCGCGGAGAAUAUAAUAGCUAUACCUGUGUUCAGUUCGCUUACGCUGAAUGACUUGGUAGAUCCUUACAUUUCUACAGUUCUGCGGAUAGAACCCGGUUCACCACUUCGUGCUUAUGCCCAGGAAAUUGCAGGAUUAACUGUUGAAAUUCUGUUAUCCAAGAACUUGCUAACUUCCGAAGCUGCUUCACUUGCAAGAACAUCUGUGCAAAGCGCAAUCUCUACAGCCUUAGAAACUACUUCAAGUACAACGGAAACUUCAACAACUUCUGCCGUCGAAACGGCGGAAUCCGAAAGUGGGCUCGAAGCGGGCGAAGAAGAGGGUGUCGCUACAGGAUAUGUUGCCAGGGUCGGUGCGCCAGCAAUCGUCUCAGAAUUGGCCGAACAAAUAUACGUGGCCCUUCUACGAAAUCCAGCGUUUUCUUUGGCUUUCGGUGACGAAAUAUCUCCUGAAACAUUCAGACCUUUCCUCACCACAUUCGCAACCCGCAUCACUUCUAUACCAGCCUUUAGUUCCUUACUUGUUAGCACUUUGGUCGAUCAGAACGUAGCAGCAGUCCUUCGCAUAGCAGUCACUUGCAGCAUCAUCUUCUGCCAUUCAGACUGCGGCAACCGAACUUCUGAAGCAGAAACUAUUACGACUACAACGGAAGUUGCAGAAACUGCUUCAGCGGCUCUGGGUACUUCAGAAACGGAAGCAGGUGCUUACACGGCCGGCGAAGGAGCCACAGCUCUGGAAUCUGCUCUCGGAGAAAAACUGUAUAAUGCUCUUAUUACGAAUGAAGGUUUCAGACUGGCAUUCGCCGGAGAAAUUUUAAUACAAAACAUCAGACCGUUCCUCACUGCUCUGGCUACCCAAAUAAUAGCCAUACCGGAAUUUAGCUCUAUACAGUUGGAUGACUUGGUCGGACUCUAUAUAGAAGCUGUUCUCUCUAUUAGCGCCGGUUCACCUUUGAGGUUAUAUGCUGAAAGAAUUGCUCAGACAACAGCUCGCCUUCUCUUCUCCAGGAACUUACUCACAUUGCAGCUUGUGGAGAGGUUGGAUAGCGCAAUAGCAACUGCUGUAUCGACAGCAAUUUCUGAAGCCGAAAUCGGUGCAACUGCAGAAGAAGAGGAAAGCACCACUGUGACAACAGAAGAAGCGAUAGGAAUUACGACACAAGAAGAAACUCUGGAAGAAGAAGAAGCAGAAGAGGAAGCGGAACUUGAAGAUCAAGCGGCUCGACUACAAGCGCAGGCAUAUGUGGCACCUGACGGCUUAACGACUUCUCAAAUUUUGUUCGCCAGAGCAUUGUACCUCAACUUGCUACAAGAUGGAACAUUCAGAUCAUCUUUAUCUAUUUCGCUGCCGCAGGAUUCUUUAACGGAGGUGUUUUCGCGCAUUGCCCUUUCGUUUUCUGCCUUUCCUGAAUUUAGCCAAGUCCGCUCUGUUAAGUUCGUUGUUGCUUUCAGGAAGGGUCUUUCCUCUCUUUUUGAUGAUGGCACCCUAGUCUCGUACGCUAAGCUUUUCGCUGAUGGUACAACCUUUGUGUUUGCAAAGUAUUCUUUGAUUGAAGAGGGAAGCGAAACAAAUCUAGCAGCUCUGGCAGCUAGUGCAAUAAGGAGUGGUUUAGAAAAGGCACGCUCUGACGGCAUUAUUUCUGAAAUAUCGGAAACUGAAACUGCUUCUAGUGAAACUACAGCUUUAUCUGAGGAAGGAACUAUUACAUCCGCUCUGGAAACGACUGAAAUCGCUGAAGAGUCUGUAUCGGAAACCGAAGAUGCUGGUUAUCAAGCUGGUGUUGAAUCACCUACUUUUGCAGCAGAUUUUGGAAGAGAGAUAUACAAUGCUCUUCUUUCAAAUCCCAGAUUUACUGACGCAUUUACAGGAGAAAUCACAUUGCUGAGAAUAAGACCAUUUUUCACAGUUCUGGCAGAAAACAUAAUAGCUAUCUCUCAGUUCAAUUCACUUACGCUGAAUGACUUGGUGGAUCCUUACAUUGCUGCUGUUCUUCAGAUAGCACCCGGUUCACCAAUUCGAGCUUAUGCGCAAGAAAUUGCUGAAUUAACGGUUCGAAUUCUCUUAUCGAAAAAUUUGCUGACGCCUAAAGCCGUUGCACUUGCGAGAGCAUCUGUCCAGAAUGCAAUCGCUACAGCUUUGGAAACCUCAGCAGCGCAAGAAAUUUCAGCCACUGGUGCAGUUUCUGUGGCAUCUACGUCUGCUGAUAUCUCAGUUGAGACUGGUUCUAGACGUACAGGCAUUCUUCCUGGAGUUACUGCUUAUGUUGCUCGAGAUGGGGCGUCGGAUAUUGAGGAAGCUUUUGGAUCACAUUUAUAUGGAACGCUGUUAGUAAAUCCUCGAUUUUCGUCUUUAUUCGGUUCAGAAUUUUCUUUAGAAAAAGUACGGCCUUUCUUGUUUGCUCUUGCUUCUCAUAUUCACUCUUUCUCUCAGUUUUCUUCUAUAUCUGUCAAUGACCUCCUUGAAAGAUAUAUCGAAGUUGUGAAUGCCUUACCCCUUGGUUCAUCUGUGCAGGCGUAUGCUCUUGCUUUGUCCCAAGCAACAGCCGAAUUGUUAUAUGAAAACAAUUUGCUGUCUUGGGAUGCUCUGGCUAAAGAAGACGCUGAAGCUGCAGGGUCGGGUGAAGCUAUAUCAAGCAGUGAAGCUCAAGCAACAGAUUCUUCGAUUUUGGUGUCCACUUCUACCGCUGAAAGUGCUGCAGCUGAAACGGCUGCAUCUGCUGUUCUUUCACCUAGCGUUCUAUCUAUACUUAGCUCUUCUGAAUCCGAAAAGAGGAUUGCAUCUCUAAUAUCUGUCAUCAUCUCUUCACUGCCGACACCAGGAGGAAAAUUCGACUAUCUAACGUUUGCUCGUGGUCUCGCAAGUUUACUCUCAGAUAUCAGAGCUGGAAAUCCGUCAUAUUCAGCGUCAGAUGUUAUAACAGAAGGUUUGCUUGAAGCACUUGUUGCUUUCAUACAAAUGGAAGAAUAUAUUACUUUAAGUGAUCGUCCUAUCGAGUACUCGGAUUAUGUAACUAAAGCCAUUUCAGAUUCACUUAAUGUUGCAUUUAAAUCACAACAGUUGAUUUAAAGUGCAAAGCUGAACGUUGCAGAAUUGUAAUUUAUUUAGGCUGUAUCUUUGAACUUUUCAAUUGUGAUACUAAGAAAUAUUUUCAUCUGCAUGAAAAAUAUUGUAAACAUAUUUGUUGUAUGUAUUGUAAUCUAAAGAACACUUUUGAUCAAAUUUUAUAAAAGCAGAUGCUAACUUUAAUACUUUUGAAGUGUCUUACUAAUGAAUAUUACAAAACUUCUAUAUCCAUUUAAAAAUAUUGCAAGUCGUGUUCAGUUUAUGUGAAUAAAAGUGCGAUAUUUAUAAAAUGUUUUAUGUCCAUUUAUCAGAUCUUAACUUUAAGAACACUUAAAUUAUUUAAUUACAUCUAUUCACAAAAUGUAAACAUAUAAUUUAAGGUGACCUACUUCAUGUAAUUAAGUUAAGAGAUAUAUUUUUCUAGCAAAACAAAAGUUUGAUUAUUUACUUAUUUAUAUUAUUUGCAAGUUGUAAAAUACCAGAUAGCAGGUGUAUUGUUUCAUCUUGUGAAAAGAAAUUGCGGGUAAUUACUUUAUUUUAUUUCUUAUUUGUUUCGUUUAUUAUGGUAAUAAAUUUGAAAUUUUAUUAACCUAA